UGGAAAAAAGUUUCAGCGUUUUAGACAAACAAAUUGUGUAGACUUUGGACUAUGAAUCAGUCUUCUUUCCUGGAUAUUCAUUCAAAGACCAUUCAAAUUCAAUUCAAUAUCAACCACUUUCAUUAAUCUUUAUAUAUUUUCUAAUAAUUUUUUAUUUCUCUCUUUCUGUUAUUCUUCUCUCAAUUUUCAUGCCUUCACUUCCUCUUCUCCACAAGGUGCUUGAAGUUGAAGUGUAACUGGUAUGGAAGAAUGAAGAAGGUUAUGUGAUUAUUGUACCGAUUUUAUUUUGUUGUUAUUGUUUCAUGGGAGAAGAAGGGGUUUUAUUUUCUAGACUAGUUGUGUCACGACGAGGGAAUGGUGCUCGAUUCGUUGAUUUCUGGUCCUGCUUCGGAAGCUAUUUCUCAGAUUAUAGAUUUGGUUUCGGAGUUUGUGUGUUCUGUUGACAAUGUUCUUGUGAAGAAGGAUAGUUUUAAGGAACUUGCGGAUUACUUGCAAAGAAUUGAACCUAUUUUGAGGCAGUUGAGGAAGGAGAAGGUUAGUGAUUCUGAGACAUUCAACCAUGCCAUUGAGAUUCUGAAUCGUGAAAUCAAAGAUGCGAAGAAAUUGGUUCAGGAAUGUUGCAAGAAGAGCAAGGUGUAUCUUUUAGUGAACUGUAGAACGGUUGUUAAGCGCUUGAAACAUAAUACGGGUGAGAUCAGCAGGGCACUUGGUCUUCUUCCUUUGGCUACGUCGGGUCUUUCGGCUGGAAUAGUUGAAGAGAUUAAGAAGUUAUGUGAUAAUAUGCAGGAAGCUGAGUUUAAGGCAGCUGUAUCGGAAGAGGAGAUCUUAGAGAAAAUUGAGGCGGGGAUACAUGAAAAGAAUUUCGACCGCUCGUAUGCAAAUAAUUUGCUGCAUCUCAUUGCAGAUGCUGUUGGGAUUACAAAAGAGCGGUCGGAAUUAAAAAAAGAGCUUGAAGAGUUUAAAAAUGAAAUUGAAAACGAGAAAGAUCGGGCUGAAGCCAUACAGAUGGAUCAAAUCAUUGCUUUGUUGGAAAGGUCUGAUGCAGCUUCAUCGACUCGGGAAAAGGAGCUCAAGUACUUUGCAAAACGUAAUUCUUUGGGUACUCAACCCUUGGAGCCUUUGCAUUCCUUUUAUUGCCAGAUUACAGGCGAUGUUAUGGUUGACCCCGUGGAAAUUUCGUCGGGGCAAACCUUUGAAAGAAGUGCAAUUGAAAAGUGGUUUGCAGAAGGACACAAAAAGUGUCCUCUGACUUCCAUUACUCUAGACACAUUGGUUUUGAGACCUAACAAAACCUUGAAACAGUCAAUAGAAGAAUGGAAAGAUAGAAAUACGAUGAUUACAAUUGCUUUGCUGAAAGACAAAAUCCAGUCUGGAGAUGAAGCUGGAGUAUUAAGUUGUUUGCAAACUCUUCAAGAUUUGUGCGAACAGAAAGAUCAGCACAGAGAAUGGGUGGUGCUGGAGAAUUAUAUACCUGUUCUUAUCCAAAUUCUUGCUGAAAAAAACCGAGAUAAAAGGAACCGUGUCCUUCGCAUCCUUUGCUUGCUGGUGAAGGAUAAUGAAGAUGCCAAGGAAAGAAUUGUAAAUGUUGAUAAUGCAAUCGAGUUUAUUGUCCAUUCUCUUGGGCGUCGUUUGGUGGAAGGGAAGUUGGCAGUGGAAUUACUAUUGGAACUAUCCAAAUAUGAUUUUUUUAGAGAGUACAUUGGAAAAGUUCAAGGUUGCAUACUACUAUUGGUGACUAUGUCUAGCAGUGAGGACAAUCAAGCGGCCAGAGAUGCAACGGAGUUACUGGAGAAGCUUUCAUACUCUGAUCAGAAUGUUAUACAGAUGGCAAAGGCAAAUUAUUUCAAACAUUUAUUGCAGCGUCUAUCCACAGGAACAGAUGAUGUGAAGAUGGUUAUGGUCAAAAUGUUAGCAGAAAUGGAGUCGACAGACCACAAUAAGGAGGUCUUGUUUGACAACGGUAUUCUGGCUCCUCUUCUUCGCUUAGUCUCACAUAACGAUGUUCAGAUGAAACUAGUUGCGCUUAAAGCUCUUCAGAAUCUAUCUAGUUUAAAGAAAAAUGGACUCGAAAUGAUUCGACAAGGUGCAGCACGCCUAUUAUUUGGCAUUCUUUUCCAGCACAGCCUUCAUUCCUCAAGUUUGUGUGAACAUGUAGCUCCCAUAAUUAUGCAACUCGCUGAAUCUACCAUCUCUCAGGAUACACAGACGCCGGUUUCAUUGUUAGAAUCCGAUGAAGAAGUUUUUAACCUUUUUUCUCUUGUUAGCUAUAUUCAGCCUGAUGUGCGACAAUAUAUUAUCCAGACUUUUUAUGCAUUGUGUCAGUCGCCUUCAGCUUCAUAUAUCAGGAACAAGCUAAGAGAGUGUCCAUCGGUUCAAGUAUUGGUCAAGUUGUUUGAGAAUGAAAACCUAAUUCUUCGAGCAAGUGCUGUGAAGCUGUUCUCUUGCCUGGUAGAAAGUUCUGAUGAAGCCACCAUACUGGAGCAUGUGAAUCAGAAGUGUAUUGAUACUUUACUCCAGAUCCUGAAACCUCCAUCUGAUGAAGAGGAAGUUGUUUCUGCUAUGGGAAUAAUAUGCUAUCUUCCAAAAAUUCCACAAAUCACUCAGUGGCUUUUGGAUAGCGGGGCGCUGCCAACCAUUUGUACCUAUAUCCAACAAGGGAAGGACAAAGAUCUCCUAAAGAGUAAGCUGGUAGAGAAUUCUGUUGGUGCCUUAUGUCGUUUUACAGUUCCAACAAACUUGGAAUGGCAAAAGACUGCGGCUGAAACCGGGAUUAUAACUGUUUUAGUACAGUUGCUUGAAAGUGGAUCUACUCCAACAAAACAGCUAGCGGCACAGUCGCUAACUCAAUUUUCUAAAAGCUCAAACGAACUAAGCAUUCCAGUGCCGAAGCGAAGGGGAUUUUGGUGCUUCUCAGCUCAAGCAGAAGCAGUAUGCUUAGUUCAUGGUGGUAUAUGCACUGUGGAAUCAUCAUUUUGCCUUUUGGAGGCUGAUGCCGUGGGACCACUAGCAAAGACUCUUAGAGAAUCUGAUUCUGGAGUGUGUGAGACUUCUUUAGACGCUCUUCUAACUUUAAUUGAAGGAGAAAAGCUACAGAACGGUAGUAAAGUGCUUGCAGAUGAAGAUGUCAUACCAUUGAUAAUAAGAUUUCUCGGUUCCCCUUCCCCCGGAUUGCAAGAAAAGUCUCUUAAUGCUUUGGAAAGGAUUUUCCGACUAUUCGAGUUCAAACAGAAAUAUGGAGCUUCAGCUCAAAUGCCUCUGGUUGACUUAACUCAGCGGGGUAAUGGUAGCGUUAAAUCCUUGGCAGCUCGAAUAUUAGCACAUUUGAACGUGCUUCACGAUCAAUCUUCAUAUUUCUAAAGAAUGUUGAUUCAAUUAAAACGCAUCGAGGAGCAAAGUUAAGUUAACUAACCAUCAGGUUCAAUCUUCUCCUUGAUCCUGUGACCAUGGCACGACAAAAACCGUCGCAAACUACAAGCUCGGACAGGAAAUGGAACUUUUUGGCAGAGAAAAUUGCUUUCAUCUGCUUAGCAGCAUGAUCAGGGCCGGUGAAGGGGCUGUGCAAGCAGUGCCCUUGCACAGGGCCUCCACUUAAUAUCAGUUUAAAAGGGCCUCCCAUUAAUGAUUUACAACCUCAGUUUAAAUAAUAGAUAUUGAUGCAAAUGUUUGUAAAGUUUAUAACAUGCCUCCUUGCAUUUCUAAAGUUUGUGACACAUCCUCCGAUGCAUUCCCCAAAAGGUAAUAAUAUUUAGCCAUUAACUAGUUAAAUAUACUAAAAUAAAUAAAUUCAAAUAUAGUCUAAUACUAAUUAAUCAUGAAAGCUUUAAAUUAUAUCUAGUUUUUACUAUAUGAUAUAACUUAUAAAAUAUAGUAAAUUUUAUAUAAAAAUAAAAUUAUAAAAAGAUAGAAAUAGUUAGAUUUUUUUGUUAUUUAUAAUUUAAAUUAAUGGUAAUUUUUAAAAUAAUUUUUUAUAUUUUUUAUUAACGACGUAAUAAUAUUAGAACAGGGCCUCUGAAUUAAUCAAGACGGCCCUGAGCAUGAUGAUGUUGUAGCUUUGCAUUGAGCUAUAUCUCAUUGAGAAUCAUAUCAUAUAGGUGUAAUAUUCUAAGUGUGUUAAUCCAAAUUAGGCUGUUGUUGUAUUAAGAUAGAAUCACCUUUGGACAUGUAGGGAUUUACUUGGAGCCAGUAUUAUGAGCUCCAAAUAUCUUUGUACAUUUCAGGAUUGUCUAGUUACUUGUGUAAAAAAUAAUAUCUCUUUCUCCAAUGAUUGUAUUCUUUAUUAUGAGAA